GAGAGGAGAAAAUAUGAAACAAGUCAUUUGCAAAGGAGUAAAUCACGGAAAGCGGGGUGAGAGCGCGACAGGCUCGCGGUUCCACUGGAAUUGUGAUGCGCAGGAGUCUUUCUUCCUCCUCUGCCGCUUCUUCUUGUCUUUGUUCUUCUUUUUCUUCUUCGCUGGAGACCUUAUGGAACCGCGCUGAUUGUUGUACUACUUCUUGUUGCAGUUGCUGUGCUUGUUUUCGCUUCUCCAGCUGGCUGCCUCUUGUUACUCACGGUUACUCUCACCACAACCAGAUCCAGUGUUGUGGCUACGAGAGUAAACUGCACAGCCCCGGUGGCGGACCCGCUUCUCUCUCCCCCAUCUUGGUCUGUGUGUGUAUGUGUGUGUGUAUGAGUUUGUUGUCGGCGUGUCACUGCCUCUCAGCACAGCACAGAAGCAGCAGGAAACAAUAAAGAGAAAAAGAAAAAGGACACACCAGAAAGCCUACUUUGACUGUGCUGAAUCUAACAAAAACUGAAAAAUAUCCACAACACGAAAGAUGAGUUCAUAUUUUGUAAACUCGCUCUUCUCGAAAUACAAAAGCGGAGAUUCGUUACGUCCGAACUACUAUGAAUGCGGUUUCGCACAGGAUCUGACCGGCAGCCGGCCCACCGUUGUCUAUGGACCGGGAUCCAGCGCUACCUUCCAGCAUACUCCGCAGAUCCAGGACUUCUACCACCACAGCGCUUCCUCGCUCCCGAGCAACCCUUACCAGCAGAGUCCGUGCGCGGUCACAUGUCACGGGGAGCCGGGGAACUUUUAUGGAUACGACGCCCUGCAACGACAGACGCUUUUUGGGGCCCAAGACGCCGACCUGGUCCAGUACAGCGACUGCAAGCUCGGUGGCGCGACUGGAUUGGGCACAGAGGAUACGGAGGGGACCGAGCAGAGCCCUUCGCCAACACAACUGUUCCCCUGGAUGAGGCCACAAGUAGCUGCGGGCAGAAGACGAGGCCGGCAGACCUACAGUCGCUAUCAGACUCUGGAGCUGGAGAAGGAGUUCCUGUUCAACCCCUACCUAACCAGGAAGCGCCGCAUCGAGGUGUCGCACGCGUUGACGCUGACGGAGCGGCAGGUUAAGAUCUGGUUCCAGAACCGCAGAAUGAAGUGGAAAAAGGAAAACAACAAGGACAAGUUCCCCAGUAGCAAGAGCGAACAGGAGGCGGUGGAACGGGAGAGGAGGGAGAAGGAACUGCGAGAGGCCGGUGGGGGUGGAGGAAGGGGAGAAGGAGGCGGAGGUGCAGGUGCGGUGGCGGGUACGGCGGGGACACAGGGUUCCGUCAGUGAGGACUGCUGCGAGAAAACACACAAACAAAUGUAAAGAGUGGCAGAAUAUUUUGAAGGGUCGGAGUGGUUAAUCUAAAUCGUCAACAGAGGUGAUGGGUGAAGUUGGACCUGUGGACUGUUUUGUCUUUAGUGAGGCCAAUGGACUGCCUGCUCUCUCCAUGAUUCAUCAGAUGAGUCUCCAGAAUGGUGAGAGCGUGAGUUAGAAGGACUGAAUGUCUGCUGGCUGUCAAACACACAGGAAAGGUGUUUUAAAGCAAGAAAGGAUCCAAACCGCUGUAAAUCAAACUGAAUUGGAUGGCACUUAUCAUUCGAACUUAACUAGAAUAUAACCCCCACCCCCAUCCCCUCAAGAAUAAAGAAGAAGAAAGAUUAAAGGGUAGCCUCCUUUUUUGUGGAACAAGUAUCGUGAAACAUUUCUAUAUUGUUAGAAUUUUAUC